GCGCGGCGGCAGGCCCGGGCGGAGGCGGCGGAGCGGGGGCGCUGCCGCAGCGGGAGCGCGGCCGCCGCUCGGCUCGGCGCGGCCCGGCCCGGCCCGGCCCGGUCAGAUCCCGGCGCUGCCGCAGGCGCGGCCCAGCGGUGCCGGCGCGGCCCGGCCCGGCCCGGCCCGGCGAUGCUGCGCUGCAUGCCGCCGCUCUGGCGCUGCAACCGGCACGUGGAGGCGCUGGACCGGCGGCACUGCUCGCUGCAGGCCGUGCCCGAGGAGAUCUACCGCUACAGCCGCUCGCUGGAGGAGCUGCUGCUGGACGCCAACCAGCUCCGGGAGCUGCCCAAGCCCUUCUUCAGGCUGCUGAACCUGCGCAAGCUGGGCCUGAGUGACAAUGAGAUCCAGAGGCUGCCCCCCGAGGUGGCCAACUUCAUGCAGCUGGUGGAGCUGGACAUCUCCCGCAAUGACAUUCCAGAAAUUCCUGAGAGCAUCAAAUUCUGCAAGUCCCUGGAAAUCGCUGACUUCAGUGGGAACCCUCUCUCCAGGCUUCCUGAGGGCUUCACCCAGCUGAGGAGCCUGGGCCACCUGGCCCUGAACGAUGUGUCCCUGCAGAGCCUCCCCACGGACAUUGGGAAUUUGGCAAACCUGGUGACUUUGGAGCUGCGUGAGAACCUGCUAAAGACUCUCCCCACCUCCCUCUCCUUCCUUGUCAAGCUGGAGCAGCUGGACCUCGGUGGCAAUGACCUGGAGGUGCUGCCGGACACUCUGGGCGCUCUCCCCAACCUGCGCGAGCUGUGGCUGGACCGGAACCAGCUCUCGGCGCUGCCGCCGGAGCUGGGGAACCUGCGCCGCCUGGUGUGCCUGGACGUGUCAGAGAACCGGCUGGAGCAGCUGCCCGAGGAGCUCAGCGGGCUGGUGGCACUGACAGACCUGCUGCUGUCCCAGAACCUGCUGGAGAGCAUCCCAGAUGGCAUUGGUCAGCUGAAGCAGCUCUCCAUCCUCAAGGUGGACCAGAACCGGCUGACAGACAUGACAGAAUCGAUUGGGGACUGUGAGAACCUGUCUGAGCUCAUCCUGACUGAGAACAUGCUGACAGCCCUGCCCCGCUCCCUGGGCAGGCUGGCCAAGCUGACCAACCUGAACGCGGACCGGAACCGUCUGACGGCGCUGCCGGCCGAGAUCGGGGGCUGCGCCAGCCUCAGCGUGCUGUCCCUGCGCGACAACCGGCUGGCCCUGCUGCCCCCCGAGCUGGCCAACACCAGCGAGCUGCACGUGCUGGACGUGGCUGGCAACAGGCUGCAGAAUUUGCCCUUUGCUUUGACAAACCUGAACCUGAAAGCCCUGUGGCUGGCAGAAAACCAGUCCCAGCCCAUGCUGAAGUUCCAGACCGAGGAUGAUGAGAAGACAGGAGAGAAGGUUCUCACCUGCUACCUGCUGCCCCAGCAGCCCUCUCCCAGCCUGGAGAACCUCCUGCAGAACAGCGUGGAUGAGAGCUGGACAGACACCAACCUGAACAGAGUCAGCGUGAUCCAGUUCCUGGAUGAACCCAAGGGAGAUGAUGAUGAGGAGUCUGGAGCUGAGAGACGUGGCCUGCAGCGCCGAGCCACCCCUCACCCCAGCGAGCUGAAGGUGAUGAAGAAGGUGAUCGAGGUGCGGCGCAGCGAGGUGAACGCUGCCCGGGCCGACGGCAACCCCGGCUCGCCCAGCUCAGACGAGAAGAGGCUGAGUGCCACGUCCAACCGCAGCGAGGACUCUCACCUGUCGAGCAGCACGGCCUCUGCCGAGCCCCGGGCUGAGGACAGGGAGCGGGGCUGGCCCAGCGGGCAGGGGCCCCAGCUGGGCAGGGACACCAAGGCCAGGGAGGAGGAGGAGGAGCGCAAGGAGGCUGCUGAGCAGGAGGAGGACGAUGUGGAGGUGGAGUACAAUGAGCCCACCGUGCACUUCGCCGAGGACACGCUGAUCCGCAGCGAGGAUGAGGAGGAGGACGAGGAGCGCCCCUUCCCCGUGGAGAAGCAGAGGCUGAUCCGCAAGGACACGCCCCACUACAAGAAACACUUCAAGAUCACCAAGCUGCCCAAGCCAGAGGCAGUGGUGGCCCUUCUGCAGGGGCUGAGCAGCGAUGGGGUCCCCAAAGAGGAAGAGGAGCUGGGAGGCUGCAAUAACAACCCCGAGCCCAGGGAGCAGGAGGAAGAGUGGGAGGAGGAGGAGGAGAGGAAGAACGGAGCUCUGUCUGCUCAGCCAUCCGUCAAGGGGGUGUCGUUUGAUCAAGCCAAUAAUCUGCUGAUUGAACCUGCUCGCAUUGAGGAGGAAGAGCUGACGCUGACCAUUGUCCGGCAGACGGGGGGGCUGGGCAUCAGCAUCGCGGGGGGCAGGGGCUCCACGCCCUAUAAGGGGGACGACGAGGGCAUCUUCAUUUCCCGAGUGUCCGAGGAGGGUCCUGCAGCCCGAGCCGGGGUCAGAGUGGGGGACAAACUGCUGGAGGUGAACGGGGUGCCCCUGCACCGCGCCGAGCACCACGUGGCCGUGGAGGCGCUGCGGGGCUCGGGCAGCUCGGUGUCCAUGACGGUGCUGCGGGAGCGCAUGGUGGAGCCCGAGAACGCCAUCACCGUCACCCCGCUGCGGCCCGGCGACGACUACAGCCCGCGGGAGCGGCGCGGGGGGCUGCGCUUCCCCGGCAGCGCCGAGCCCUCCGCCCCGGGGCGCGUCUCCACCUGCCUGCUGCGCAACGAGAAGGGGCUGGGCUUCAGCAUCGCCGGCGGCAAGGGCUCCACGCCCUACCGCGCUGGGGACACGGGGAUCUUCAUCUCCCGGAUUGCAGAGGGAGGAGCUGCCCACAGGGACGGGAUCCUGCGUGUCGGGGACAGAGUCAUCUCGAUCAAUGGGGUAGACAUGACAGAAGCCAGGCAUGACCAGGCCGUAGCGCUGCUUACUGCGGCCUCGCCCACCAUCGUGCUGCUGGUGCAGAGGGAGGGUCCCAGUCCCGGCCCCGGCCCGGGGGAGCCGCCCCCCGCCCGCCUGCACUCGCCCCCGCCCGGGGACGGGGACAGGGACGGGGACAGGGACAGCCAGAGCCCGGCCGAGGAGGCAGCGGCGCCGCCCAGGAGCCCCCCGGGCACAGGGCUGGAGGAGCAGUACCCCGUGGAGGAAAUUCACCUGGUGAAAGCAGGGGGGCCCCUGGGGCUGAGCAUCGUGGGAGGCAGUGACCAUUCCAGCCACCCCUUCGGGAUCCACGAGCCAGGAGUCUUCAUCUCCAAGGUGAUCCCCCGGGGGCUGGCUGCCCGCAGUGGGCUCCGAGUUGGGGACAGGAUCCUGGAGGUGAACGGCACCGACCUGCGCCAGGCCACGCACCAGGAGGCUGUGAGUGCCCUGCUGAGCCCGGGGCAGGAGCUGAGUGUGCUGGUGAGGAGGGACCCUGCUCCUCCUGGCAUGCAGGAAAUCUGCAUUGAAAAGGCUCCAGGAGAGAAGCUGGGCAUCAGCAUCAGGGGUGGAGCCAAGGGCCACGCUGGCAACCCCUUUGAUCCCACUGAUGAGGGCAUCUUCAUCUCCAAGGUGAGCUCGGCGGGCGCGGCGGCGCGGGACGGGCGGCUGCAGGUGGGGAUGCGGAUCCUGGAGGUGAACCAGCAGAGCCUGCUGGGGCUGACGCACGCCGAGGCCGUGCAGGUGCUGCGGGGCGUGGGCGACGCGCUGCUGGUGCAGGUGUGCGACGGCUUCGACCCGCGCGCGGCGGCCGUGGAGGUGUCCCCAGGGGUCAUUGCCAACCCCUUUGCUGCUGGCCUGGGCCGCAAGAACAGCCUGGAGAGCAUCUCCUCCAUCGACAGGGAGCUGAGCCCCGAGGAGCUGGAGGUGCUGCACAAGAGUGUCCCCCCUGAGCCCCUGCGCCUGGACUACCGGACCCUGGCAGCGCUGCCCAGCACUGGGCUGCAGAGAGGGAACCGAGCUGCUCCCGUGGGCGAGAGUGGGGCAGGAAGUGCCCGGCGUGAAUCCCCCUGUGCUCCCAGCACCCCACAGGUGCCCUCAGCCCCCCGGGCCCCUCACCUGGCUGGCAGGGAGACUCGCUGUGCUGCCAUGAACUUCAUCAGCUCCCAGGAUGACAGUAAAUCAACCAAGCCUGGUGUGAUCCAGCCCCUGUCCCGCCUGCGAGCGAGUGCAGCGUGUCCCAGGGCAGAGCAGGGGGACAACAGCCCCAACCCCUUCCAGCAGGGCAGCAACAACAGCCCCAACCCCUUCCAGCAGGGCAGCAACAACAGCCCCAACCCCUUCCAGCAGGGCAACAACAACAGCCCCAACCCCUUCCAGCAGCACGAGCCCGGCCUCAGGAUCCACAGCUCUCCGAAGCCGCGGCCGCCGUCACCGCCCUCCCCUGACGAGGUGCCCGUCAACGUCAAACAGGCCUACAAGACCUUUGCAGCAGUGCCCCAGUGCCAGCCCCUGCUGGGCACACAGGAAUUGUCUGGGCAGAGCAGCACAGAAAACACCAGAACGGCCUCGGAGGUCACCUCCCUCAGCCCCAGCACCCAGCACAGCCCUGAGCAAAGGUCCUUCCGAGAGAGGCAGAAGUAUUUCGAGGUGGAGGUGAAGCAGCAGCACCUGGACAAACCCCCCAAGCGCGUGUCCCUGGUGGGGGAGGAUGACCUGAAGAAGAUGAAGGAGGAGGAAGCCCGAAAGCUGCAGCAGCAGCGAGCCCUGCUGCUGGAGGAGGAGCCUGAGGAGGAGGAGGAGGAGCUGAGGAAGGUGCCCGAGGCUCUGCAGUCCAGCAUCAUCAUCGAGGGCGUUGAGUACAAGGUGGAGAGGCUGAAUGGAAGGAGCAGCCACGCUGCAGCAGCUCGGCCCUUGGAGCUCAGUGAGAACAGCAGCUCACAGAGGAAUUCCCUGGAGGAGGGGAUCAAGUCUGAGCACAGAACCAACUCCAUGUCAGGGCCCGACCCCGGCCCGGCCCCGGUGCGCACGGCCAAGGCCGAGCGGCGGCAGCAGGAGCGGCUGCGCGUGCAGAGCCCCGAGCUGCUGCCCCAGGACAGGGACAGGGACAAGGAGCUGUCCCCAGCCGAGCGCCGGGCCCUGGAGGCGGAGAAACGCGCCAUGUGGAGGGCAGCACGGAUGAAGUCCCUGGAGCAGGACGCUCUCAAGGCCCAGAUGGUAAUUGCCAAGUCCAAGGAGGGGAAGAAGCGCAGCCCCCUGGAGCAGCUGGCAGAGUCACCCUCCCCUGCGCCCACGCCGUCCCCCACGCCGCUGGAAGAUUGCAGCCCCAGGAACGUCACUUCCCCAGGAAGGCUGUCACUGUCUGAAAAGAAGUUUGACUACCGGGAAUUUGCUGCUAUUCCUUCCUCCAAACCUGUUUACGAAAUCCAGUCCCCUGAUGCAGCUGAUGACCUCAGAUUCGUGGAUGACAGGAGCAGCUCAGUUCCCCGGGAGCAGGACGGGCAGCCCGAGCAGGAGCAGGAGGAGGCUCUGGGAGGCCGGGGCCCAGCAGCAGCAGCAGCAGCAGCAGCAGCCCCCCCAGCCCUGGAGGACGUGGCCCUGUUCAGCAGCAAGCGCAAGCUGCGGCACGGCCGGCGCAGCCUGGAGACCGCUGUCCCCACAUAGGUGACACCUGGCACGGCCUGUCACAGCCCUGCUGUGCUCAGGGACAGCCCCAGGCUGCCCCUGCCUGCAGACUGCGUGGCUCUGGGCUGCCCGUGGCCCUGUGGCCAACUGACUCCUCCGGGGCUGUGAACCGCCCUCGUGUCUCACCAGCUGUGCACUGGGGCACCUCCCAAACCUGGGACAACACUGGACUGACUGCUGGCAGAUGGAGAGGAAGGGUGGCCAGGACAGUGGGCAGCUUGUUAGCCUGUAAAUAUUGUGUGUGGGGAAGGGUAGGACAGGGAGAAUGUAGGAGUGUGAGAGUGUGUUGGGCUCCAGCUGUUACUGCCUCAGCUCGGGUUUCGUAGUGGUUAAAAGGAGCUUCUCCUCUGGUGGGAUCAGGAGGAAGGCCCAGCCUGCCUUUACUCCUAUUUAAUUUCCAGUCUUUUGCCAAAAAGCAUCUCCUCCCACCUCCUGCACUGUGUCACCUCACUUCCCUUUGGGAGUGUUUGGGAAUGGGAAGCUUGGAGGCAAAAAGAAGGAAAAGAAAAAAAAAACCACCAGAAUUUCAGCAAAGUGCCUCCCUCUGCCACUGGCAUUCUGUGCUCCAGGAACCCAGAGGCAGCUCUGCCACCUGUCCUGGGGACAGGUCCCUCCCUGGGUGGUGACAUGCCCCUGGUCACACACUGUGAGCACUGCAGGAGCACACAGAGGGGAGUCUGUCUCCUGCAGCCCUGGGGCAGCAAUGGGAUGGAGCCCAGAGCCGUAGCAGGGGUGAGGGGGUGUGGCAGCAGUGGGGAGCAGGACACGGUGCAGAGGUGGGAGGUGUGGCAGCAGGUACCUUAGUGGGUAGAGUUCAGGAACUGGGGGUGGGUGGAAUGUGGCGUUGCUGGGUCAGGUGGGAGUUAGAGGAUCAGUGGGAGACACUGCUGGGGAGUGCUGAGUGACCACGCUGGCGGCAGGUGGAGAGGGAAGCACGGGGGCUGCUGUGGGCUGGCAGCACCAGGAGCACCAGCAGCACCAGGAGCAGGAUGGGGCUGGCCUGUGCCUUGCAAUAACUACACAGUUCCACUUUGCCAGCUCGUUGGCUUCGGGCCCCUUUCCACGGAGGACACGGAAAAUGCACGUUUGCCCAUGCAAGAGGGAAAAGGGAAAAUGAGAAAUGAGCGGGGUGUGAGCCCUGGUUUCCACACGUGGAACGAGGGCUGUGAGCAGGUUCUGUAUGUGGAGCUCACAGCUGCUGCUCCCAGCUCUGCCAUCAGCCUCUGCUGCCACUGGUGAGGGGAAACAACCCUUCUGGUUUCUUUCACUGCCUCUAACCGUGAGGAAGGUCCAAGCUCGGCACAAUCCCGGUCCCUGUCCAUUGGUGCUCUCUGACUCCCCAGUAAGACCAGGGUUGGACCUUGAGCCUCACAGGGGCUGGGCAGUGACAGGCACAUCUGCUUGUACAUUUGCUGAAGGAAAGAGCUGGGUGCAGAGUUUUGGGUGCAGUUUUUUAGUUGAGCCUCUCCUUUCAUGCCAAAAUCCAGCGGAUCAUUUGAACUGACUCCGUGUGUUUUGAUUUUACAGACCUGUGAAGGGGAAACUCUGAUAAUCUCACAGCAGCAGCUGCAGCUGCUUCCAUCAUCAGCAAUUUGAGCUUUUCCUUUUUAAAUCUAAUUUUAGCAUUUGCUUUUUAACAACAGCAGUUUUGGAAACAAUCCUGGCUGGGUUUUGGUGACUAACUUGUGAUUCUUCUCUCCUUUCCCUGUGCGGUACCUGGUGCCAGGCUCUGGAUUCUCUCCUGUUCUCUCCUAAGAGACUCUGAGGGAAAAUUAGCGCAUCAAGACUGUAACUAGUGAAAUUUGUACAACCAAAGAAAUCUAUUUUGUGGUUCAAGGAUAAUAAAGUUUACUUUACAUUUUA